UCACUCGCUAUCGCCUGCAAAAGAAGUCUGUACAGUAGCUCGGAGUUUAAAAAUAAUUUGUUUCAUGGACUCAUCGUCGAGUCUCUGGUCAUCGGGAGUAGACGAAAAUGACGAUCAACAGACGGUGUUUUGGGAUUCUCUAUCGAUAUAGAUCAUCUUAGAUGCCCCAGAAAAGAAAAGGAAGAAGAAGAAGAAGAAGAAGAAGAAGAAGAAGAAAAGAAGAACCAAUCUUAAUCAGCGGAUCAUGGCUUUCCCCGGAAACCCAAAUCUGCAAAACCAAAAUCAACAGCAGCAAGGAGCACUAAUUGAUGUGCCAAAGCUGUUCAAACCUUCACCCAAUCCUCCUCCUCUUGGCAAUCUGAAUUCCUCCCCCUCCUUCCCUACUCCCAGUACUAUUCCUUCUUUAUCUCCUCCCUUUCCCAUGCCUUCAUCUUCUUAUCCUCCCCCCACAGGCCCUUCUUAUUCAUUCCACCCCACCUUCCUCCCCCAUCCACCAUCCCCACUUGACCAUUACCAGCCUCAGCACCCGCACCAGCACCAGCUUCUUCCCGCCAGUGCACGUUUGAUGGCACUCUUGACCACCCAGAACCCCCCCUCCCCACAGCCCCAUAUGCUCUUCUCUUCACCAUCUUCAUUGCCAUCAUCAUCUUCCACUUCCACUUCCGCCACUUCAACCACCCCCUCCGCGCCUCCUCCCACCAGGCUGCUCAGUACCAAGCUCCCCAAGGGACGCCAUUUGAUCGGCCACCGCGUUCUUUACGACAUCGAUGUUCGCUUGCAAGGUGAGGCGCAGCCCCAGCUUGAGGUCACUCCCAUCACCAAGUACGCCUCCGAUCCCGACCUCGUUCUUGGCCGUCAGAUUGCCGUUAAUAGAUCUUACAUAUGCUAUGGCCUCAAGAUGGGUAAUAUCCGCGUUCUUAACAUUAACACUGCCUUAAGAUCUUUGCUUCGUGGCCACACCCAGAGAGUAACCGAUAUGGCUUUCUUCGCUGAGGAUGUUCACCUUUUGGCUAGUGCUAGUGUUGAUGGACGGGUUUUCAUAUGGAAGAUCAAUGAGGGUCCAGAUGAGGAAGACAAACCUCAAAUUACAGGCAAAAUUGGUCUUGCCAUUCAGAUAGAAGGAAUGGGGGAAUCAAUCCAACCACGAGUGUGUUGGCAUCCUCACAAGCAAGAAAUUUUGAUGGUUGCAAUUGGAAACCGUAUCCUUAGAAUUGACACCACAAAAGUUGGAAAGGGCGAAGUAUUUUUGGCAGAGGAACCUCUUAAAUGCCACAUUGAUAAUCUAAUUGAUGGGGUCCAAUUGGUUGGUAAACAUGAUCGUGAUGUUACUGAAUUGUCAAUGUGCCAAUGGAUGACCAGCCGUUUAGCUUCAGCAUCGAUGGAUGGCAUGGUGAAGAUUUGGGAAGACCGUAAGGCAUUACCGCUUGCAGUAUUGAAACCACAUGAUGGCCAUCCUGUUAAUUCUGUGACAUUCUUGACUGCCCCUCACCAUCCCAAUCACAUUGUUCUUAUCACUGCGGGGCCACUUAAUCGGGAAAUGAAAAUAUGGGCCUCUGCAAGGGAGGAAGGUUGGCUGUUGCCGAGUGAUGCUGAAUCAUGGCAGUGUACUCAGACUUUAGAUAUAAAGAGUUCUUCUGAACCCAAGAUCGAGGAUGCAUUCUUUAAUCAAGUUGUAGCCUUGCCCCGUGCAGGCCUAUUUCUACUUGCAAAUGCCAAGAAGAAUGCUAUAUAUGCCAUACACCUAGACUAUGGACCUAAUCCAGCAGCUACUCGCAUGGAUUACAUUGCUGAGUUUACAGUCACAAUGCCUAUUUUGAGUUUGACUGGAACUAGUGACAAUUUACCAGAUGGAGAACAUAUUGUACAGGUCUAUUGUGUCCAAACACAAGCCAUUCAGCAAUAUGCGCUGGACCUAUCUCAGUGCCUGCCACCACCCCUGGACAACAUGGAGUCAGAGAAAUCAGACUCCAAUAUUUCUCGUGCUUUUGAUGCUUCUGAUAGUUCUGCUACUUGUGAACCACCUCAGGGAAGUAAACCCACUGAGAUGCCUGUAGUUAAUGCACCUCCUAUACCAUCUAUUCUUUCGAGCAGCUCUGAAAUUGCCACCGUAGUCAACUGUCAUGUGGCUUCUUCUGAGGCUACUACCUUGCAGGAAGCUACAAUCUCUCGUGUGGAAACAAUGCCAGGUGAUUUGCCUUCUCACAGUGGCGCUGAAAAUUUUCACACGGCAUUGCCUCCACUUCCUUUGAGUCGAAGAUUAACUCGCAAAUUAUCUAGUCUUAGAAGUCCAUUAAAUAGCUAUGAGACUAAUACACCUCUCACUGACCAUGGUAGUGACCAGCCGGCUCUUGAAUAUUCGUCUGACCGGAGAAUGGACUCUGCAAAAGAUAACAAGACUGACGUGCCUCCAUCGGGUGACAAUUUGUGGAAGGGUGACAAAAAUGCUGCACAAAGUGAUAUUUCUAUGGUUCCCAAUCCUCCUAUAAUAUUUAAACAGCCAACGCAUCUGGUAACUCCAUCAGAGUUAUUGUCUAGAGUUUGUUCAUCAUCUGAGAAUUCACAAAUUAGUCAGGGUGGGAAUGUGGUAGAGACGAAGGUUCAAGAUGUGGUUGUCAACAAUGAUGCAGAAAACAUUGAAGUAGAGGUUAAAGUUAUUGGUGAGAAGGGAACCAGUCUAAAUAAUGAGGGUGACCGUCAGAGAGAUUCCCAUAUAAUGGUUGCGGAGAAAAAGGAAAAAUCCUUCUAUUCCCAGGCCUCAGAUCUUAACAUUCAGAUGGCCAGAGAUUGUUGUGUGGGAACUUAUAAUGUGGAGAGACUAUGUCAAACUAAUGAUGUUAGUGUUACUAGGGCACCAAACCAACCUCCUGACACUUGUGUGGAAGAAGUUCAAGAUAUGAUGAAUGAUAUGCCUCCAAAGGUUGGUGAAUCAGAAACUCUCAUGCCAGUUUUGCAGUCUCCUGCCCCAGCUCCGAAGGGAAAAAGACACAAGGGGAAAAAUUCUCAAGUGUCUGGUCCAUCUUCCCCUUCCCCAAGUCCUUUUAACUCCAUAGAUUCAUCAAAUGAACCAUGUAGCAAUUCAGGUGCCCCAUAUAUGGAAACUGCUUUGCCCCAGUUGUCGGCUAUGCAGGAGAUACUUGAACAGUUAAUGAGCACGCAAAAAGAAAUUCAGAAGCAGAUGAAUGUGAUCGUUUCUGCCUCAGUUACCAAAGAAGGUAAAAGACUAGAGGGAUCCUUGGGCCGAAGCAUGGAGAAAGUUGUCAAGGCUAACACUGAUGCUUUGUGGGCUCAUUUCCUAGAGGAAAAUGCAAAGCAGGAGAAGUUAGAACAAGACCAUAUGCAGCAGAUAACAAACUUGAUCACAAAUUAUAUGAACAAGGACUUGCCAGCCAUGCUCGAGAAAAAUUUAAAGAAGGAAAUAGCUUUGGUUGGACCAGCUGUAGCUCGUGCAAUUACUCCGGUUGUGGAGAAAACCACAUCAUCAGCUAUUAUGGAGUCAUUCCAGAAAGGAGUGGGAGAAAAGGCAGUCAACCAACUAGAGAAAGUGGUUACUUCAAAACUCGAAGGCGCAGUGACUAGGCAAAUUCAUUCACAGUUUCAAACUUCUGGGAAGCAAGCUCUUCAGGAUGCAUUAAGGUCUAGUUUGGAAGCUUCAACUGUUCCUGCAUUUGAGAUGUCAUGCAAAGCUAUGUUUGAGCAAGUUGAUGUCACAUUCCAGAAAGGGCUGAGCGAACAUACAACUGCUGUUCAGCAGCAUUUUGAAUCUACACAUUCUUCACUGGCCAUUGCUUUAAGGGACACAAUUAAUUCAGCAUCAGCAAUCACUCAAACCUUGAGCAGAGAAUGGGCUGAGGGCCAACGUAAGCUGUUAGCAAUUGCAGCUGCAAGUGCUAACUCAACAGCAGUAAAUCCCUUGGUAACACAGUUGAGCAAUGGACCAUUGGUUGGUCUUCACGAGAUGGCUGAGGCACCAUUGGAUCCAACUAAAGAACUAUCUAGAUUGAUAGCUGAACAAAAAUUUGAGGAAGCAUUCAUUGGAGCCCUGCACAGAAGGGAUGUCUCAAUAGUUUCAUGGCUAUGUUCUCAGGUUGAUUUACCGAGGAUUUUGUCAACGGUGCCACUUCCUCUGAGCCAAGGAGUUCUGCUGGCUCUUCUUCAGCAACUGGCUUAUGAUACUGGCAACGAAACACCCAGAAAGCUGGCAUGGAUGACGGAUGUGGCUGUUGCCAUAAACCCAGCAGAUCCAACUAUUGCCGUGCAUGUGCAUCCCAUCUUUGAGCAGGUAUAUCAGAUACUUGGCCAUCAACGGAACCUACCAACUACCCCUGCUUCAGAAGCAAGCAGUAUCCGCCUUCUUAUGCAUGUCAUAAACUCUGUGUUAAUGAGCUGUAAAUGAUUCUCUUGACUCGGUCACUAUAAUCAUUGCAUAAUUGUAAGUGGAACGAUGGGUUGUAUAGAAAUCUAGGAAGGUCCAGGAAAGAAAGUAUAUAAUUUAUGUAAUGAGUUGGUAAAUUAAUGAUCCGUGUGAAAUAGAUAUUUUUAUAAAUACUUGCACCUCUUUUUCGCA